CCAUCCCCAGAAAAAAAAGAGAAGUUUUUUUUAUUCAAUGGAGAAGUUUGUUCAAGAUCUGAAGAAGAGGUUUCUGAAUCUGGUUGAAGCCAUCACAUCUCGCAAAAUUGCCGACAUGGGAAAUGCAGGUGCAGGUGGGGAAGAAUCCAAGUCUGAAUCCAUGGAGAUUAUUGAUCAGAAGGAGAGUGUGGAAGUGCAAGAAAGAGUGAUCCAAAUCAGAGCAACUAAGGGUGCAACACGCCCUGGCGUGCCCAAAGGUCCUCCCGCUAAGACAGGUUGAAGAUCAUCUUCCCUGUAACGAAUUAAUGUUCCUUCCUCGCUGUUUAUCUUACAAUGGUCUUGUAUAUGUUUUUUGAAAAAUGAUCUUUUUGAUCUGGACGGUGAAAAAUAUUAGUCUACCAUAAUCAUCCCUUAAAACUUCAGUUUAAGAGUGACAUUUUUUUCAUCGGUACAACAGAUUCAAAACAACAUUUGUCAUAGUUUUUAUGGUAACUUUGGAUUGCUUUUCUGAAAUGCUUGAUUCUAUUGAUCAUGAAUGAAAUUUUUUUAAGAUAAUAUAGUUCAAUUAUUGAA